AUGCAAAAGAAUGGACUUGAAGAUACGGUUCAGCAGCUAAGUGUGACACUUCAACAAUUCAUGCAAGGUCAAGUAACACUCAACAACCAGAAUUCAUUGGCAAUUAAUGACAUAAGGAGUUCCCUCACAAGGCUGACUACAUCUUUAAGUACCCAAGAGAAGGGUAAAUUUCCUGCACAGUCACAACCAAAUCCACAAGGGCAGCCUCAUCAAGUGCAAGCAAUAAGUGAGGAUCCUAACUUAAAGUCAGUCAAAGCGGUGACUACUUUAAGAAGUGGUAAGGUGGUAAACAUUCCAGUACAUGAGCCAUACAAUUCUGGUAAGGCUUCUAACCCUUCUAAUAAAGAUGGAGAGCAUGUGUCUGAUGAGCAUGAGAAAAUUCAUUGUCCUAUACCUGCUCCUUUUCCUCAACGAUUAGUUCUGUUGCAUAAAGAUAAGCAUCUUGCUGAAAUUCUUGAGGUUUUUAGACCAUUUCUUGCUACAUCUAAUGCAUUAAUUAAUUGUAGAAGUGGAAUUUUGAAAUUGAGUUUUGGAAACAUGACAUUGGAGCUGAAUAUCUUUAAUAGUUGCAGGCAACCUCAGGAUUUAGAAGAAGUUAAGGAAGUUAAUUUGCUGGAAAAUAUCCUUGAUGAGGAUUUUGAUGACACAAUCAAUUACCUGGUGACUGAGCGAAUGCCUUCUGAAUGGUCAACCCAAGAUAAGCGUCGGUUUCUAUCUGAGGUAAAACAUUUCUACUUUGAUGACCCUUAUCUUUUCAAGUAUUGUUCGGAUCAAUUGAUUCGAAGAUGCAUUCCUAAUGAUGAGUUUUCUUCAGUAUUGAGAUUUUGUCAUACGGGUGCAUGUAGUGGUCAUUUUUCAGCAAAUAAAACAGUGGCAAAAAUUUUGCAAAGCGGUUUUUAUUGGCCCUCCAUGUUUAAGGAUGCUUACAAUUUUUGUAAAGCAUGUGAGUCUUGUCAAAAGUUGGGAGCCAUUAGCAAAAGAAACAUGAUGCCCCUUUCCCCCAUUCUUACUUUAGAAAUCUUUGAUUGUUGGGGAAUAGAUUUCAUGGGACCUUUUUCGGUUUCAUUUGGAAACAUAUAUAUUUUAUUGGCUGUGGACUAUGUUUCAAAGUGGGUUGAGGCCAUCGCUUGCAAAACCAAUGACCAUCAUGUUGUACUAAAAUUUUUACAAUCUUUGUUUGCUCGAUUUGGCAUGCCCAAGGUUAUCAUUAGUGACGGGGGUUCUCAUUUUUGCAAUAAACCAUUUUCUACACUUGUGAAGAAAUAUGGUAUCACACACAGAGUUUCUACCCCUUAU